AUGUUUCAGAAAUCUAUUCAGUGUAUAUCAAGUAAUUUGGAUAUUUCUGAGAUAUCUGAUAUGAAUCUUUGUGAUUUAUUACGUGGUUUUAAUGAAUCUAUUAAACUUGGACAAAAUGAACUAGUUAUGCUAUUUGGAACAACACUUAUAUUAAAAUAUAAAUCAAAGCUUAACUUUGAAAUAUGGAAUAUAAUUGAAGGGGUUGCUUUAGCAUCUUUUGAACUAGCAAAUUAUAACAUAAAUACUCCAUCAAAAGUACUUAAAUGGCAACAUUAUUGCUUAGAAGAAUUAAAAAAAAAAUUUUAUCAUACUAGUAGAUUCGAAAAAUUAAUUGCAAUGCAACUUGAAAGUCAAGGUAAAUAUCAAGAGGCAAUGAAUAUUUAUAAAAAUAUAUUAUGUCAAGAUCCAGAGGACUUAACAAUUAGGAAACGUAUUAUAUCAAUUUUUAAAGCAAAAGGACAAAUUCAAAAAGUUAAUUCAUUAAUUCAGGAUCAUCUAUCUGAAUAUAUUACAGAUUCUGAAGCAUGGAAAGAUGCUGCUUUUAUUGCAUUAAAUGAAGGAAAAGAUUUACGAAGAGCAUUAUAUUGCUUACAAGAGGUAUUAUUACAUGAUCCUCAAAAUGUACCUAUAAUUAAUACAAUUGCUGAAUUAUAUAUUGGUAUAAAUGAUCCUUUAUUAAGUAGAAAAUAUUUUUCACUAGCAUUAAAUAUAGAUGAAAAUAAUAUACGAGCUCUUUGGGGUAUUCUUAGUUGUAAUGAUCAUAUAUUAGGAACAAAAUCCUUAUAUGAUCAAUUAAGAAAUGAUACAAAAAAUAAACAAAUUUUUUGUAAUCUCUCAAAAUUAUCAAUAAGGAAAUUAAGAAAAAUUUAUGCUAAUAUUAAGAUAUUAGAUAAUGAUAUAAUAUCUCCUUGUGAAAUAGCAAUGAGAAUCUUAGAUAGGUAUCAAAUUAUUCAUUUAUUAGACUAA